ACGCGCUCGUGAGUGCAGCACAAAAAUUCGCAGCUUAAAGAAAAUAAUUUGUUUGUACGCUUGAAAAAAUGGCUAGCAGCAGCCAGCAGGCAAUGUUUCGUCUAGUAGAUGCUUUUUCUGGAUCGCCUCUUGAAGCGGAAAACAUAUACUCAACGGUCAUCUACUGCGAAGGAUGCAGGCUAUCUGGUCUAUUGAAUGGCAUGUGCAGGUGCCAGUAUUGCGACCGCUGGAGGGAGCUGCAAUAUCAGACGAUGAAACUUAAACAAAUAACUGGGAAAAGUAAUGAAUGCUGGCGAGAAAUGCUAAGCAAGAAGAAGGCUUCAGAAGCUCGUGAGAAACUCGUCAGUAGUUUACGGAGACGUAUUGGUGCUACGAAGUCCCCUAAACAUGAAUCGUGCAAGACUUACUCCGUGAAGCCGUUAUUUGAAGAGCCUGAUGGAAGAAAACUGGAUGAGCGUGUCAGGUCAUACAUCACACGAAUUAAAAUAUUAGAUCAAUUUAUUAGAGAAACUAGAGUAUUUGAUGAAAGGUGCUAUGAUGUAACCGACCUCAGCGACCUAGUCUCAGCCCUCAACAUCGAAAAGGAACCAACUUCGCUGUUUGACCUCACACUGAGCGAGCUGCGUGAGCUCCACGCCAAGAAAUUGUCUAUCGUCACAAAAAUCUUCAGGCGACCCAAGACUCCUACGCCUGCACCGGCACCGAGCAAUGAAGUGCAGGAUCUCGCUUAUCGGCUCUCGCGUGCCGAAUUCCACAAAUUGGGAGGUAAAUACAGAUGGGUUGAUAAGGACUCGUUACAAAUAUGA